AGGCAGAUCAGAGUGCUGCGCGCAAGCUUUGUACGCGCAAGGUCGUGUCCCCAAUCCCGGGGUUGAGGAUUUUAUUUGGGCAAAAAUGAUGUCCACAGUCAUUCGUCCCGGGGUUUUAUCCCCGUACUAUCAAGCAACAAAACAUACGACUAAAACUUUAGUAUUUCCUGGAGUCAAGAAGUUGUUGCCCGCUGCAGCUUCUGCAGGAACCUGCUUUGUCCAUACAGACAUCAAAGUUCCUGACUUCUCAGACUACCGUAGACCUGAGGUCUUGGAUCCGCACAAGUCCUCACAAGACAGCAGUGAGAGUAGAAGGGUGUUCUCCUACCUGGUGACCGGCGCUACCACUGUAGUUGGUGUCUAUGCAGCCAAGACCGUGGUCACCCAGUUUGUCUCCUCCAUGAGUGCAUCAGCUGAUGUCUUGGCCUUAUCCAAGAUCGAGAUAAAGCUGUCUGACAUUCCAGAAGGUAAAAAUAUGACCUUCAAGUGGAGAGGAAAACCUUUAUUUGUCCGUCAUCGCACAGAGAAGGAAAUCGCUUCAGAGGCAGCUGUGAAUAUGUCAGAGCUACGUGACCCCGAGCAUGAUAAGGAUAGAGCCCUCAACCCCAAAUGGAUCAUUGUUCUUGGAGUGUGCACCCAUCUGGGCUGUGUGCCAAUCGCUAAUGCCGGAGAAUUUGGGGGUUACUACUGUCCUUGCCAUGGCUCCCAUUACGAUGCUUCAGGACGAAUAAGAAAGGGACCAGCUCCCCUAAACCUGGAGGUUCCCUUCUAUGAGUUCCCCACUGACGACACAGUGGUGGUGGGAUGAAUACUCAAGCUCUCUCAAUUCCACCCUCUAACAUGUAAUUUUAGAUGGCUCUCUUUGAGUUUUGGUGUGGACACAUGUGCUUGCUAAUAAAAUUAUUUACAGCCGCA